AUAUAGACAUGAGGGGUCUGUUUGGGCUGUUUGCACUUUUUACACUCAACACAUUCACUUAUUCUCUCUCUUCACGAAUAUAUAUUUAUUUCAUUAAAAAAAUGCAAAUAUUUUUGAGGAUUUCAAGCAACGUGAACAGAUCUAUGAAGUGCUAUGAGGUUUGUGUUGCUUAAAAUUCCCAAAAAUGUUUGUACUUAAAAAAGUAUAGAAAAAAAGAGAGAACGAAGAUGUUAGGUGCAAAAAGUGCAAGCACGCAAACAGACCGAUGAAGUACAGAUUUUCAACACAGUCAAAACAAACGCAUCAAUUCAGAGAAUUAAAAGCGCGGGAAACAAAACGCAUGCGCAUCAAUGUACAGCCUGCAAAACAACAUUCUAACCAAUUUCAAGCAAAUUCCAAACUGUGUACAAUGUUUAUCUUUUAAAUCAAUGUUAUUAUAGUACUUUAUAAACAUUAUCAAAAACAGGCUGAAUUGUCUGGAUGCAGGAAUUAAAACGAGAAAAGAUUAUUUUGCAUCAAUACACACAUACACAAAGGAUAGCUUGGAUAUGAUACAAGACUGAUAAUCAUGGAAUUAGAAACAAAAAAUGAAAUAAUUGCUAAUUAUAAUACGUUCUUCUAUGCGACCAUGUGUCACGUUUGCAAACGAUUUGGCAACGGCGUCUGUUUGAAGAAAUGUGGUGGCUGCAGAAUGAUCGCCUAUUGUAAUCGACAGCAUCAGAAGCAGCAUUGGUCGCAGCAUAAAUCUUUGUGUAAAGCCAUACAAGACAUACUGCGAGACUUCAAAAUGGAAAAUCACGGAACUUCAGAGGAGUGGGAUGACCAGAAACUGAACUUGAUUCUGCUUAUAUCAUUCAAGCUUGGACGUCCUCUAGAAAUGUACGAGAAAGAAAUGUUCCUGUUUCCAAGGGAAUGUACAGUCUGCCAUGAACAGGAUGGUCAGUUGUUGGAGGAUUGCCAAAGCUGUGUAUCUGUCAGCUUCUGUAAAGAUCACAAAGAUAGCAUUAAACACAAAGACACUUGCGUUUCUCUGGAACUAUGUCUUCAUUCAAAUUUAUUGUUUAUAAAUGGAGAAGACAAUACUUUGGACAUGCAUUACUUGCAGUACGUUUUUUACACUGAUACAUUUCGGAAUAUGAAUGACUUUAUAAACAUUUAUGGAAAUAUUCAGAUUGAGUCGGAAAUGUCAUACAAUAUCUUAGCAGCUAGGCAUUCACAAUAUCUCACACGACCCUUGACGUUGUUCCAUGCCAUGCAAAUAUUAGACUAUGUACCACAACGCAAAGAUCUAGUUAUUCAUGUUAUAGCUGCAAAUUAUGUUGAAGAAACUACAUUGAUGACAUGGGAAAUCCUGCUGCAUUUAAUAAAGCCUAUAAUAUCAUUGGUAGUUAUAAUGAUUGGGCCAGAAUUAAAAUAUAAAUCCAAUCUAUUACACAUUUGUGAUAACUGUAUAUUGCAAAAGAAGAAACUUUCAUUGGAGUUUUACGAUGUGUUAUAUGAGGAUUACUUAUGCAAUUCAUUAUUCAUAAAACCGGACUUGGUUGUGGGAUUUAAUGCAGGUAUUCAUGAACAUAUCUCCAAUGGAGAUACAUGGACACCGUCCAUACAGAUGCUAGCGAAACAAAAUUAUCCAUUAAUCUUAACAUGUUAUAUGCAAAAAGAAUUAGAGGAAGAGAUAGAUAGAAUAAACACUAUCCUGGAUAGAAAAGUAAAUUAUCUCUAUAGUGGAAAGAAUCCAUUUGCUAGUUUAAGACCAUUCAGAGUCCUUGGGCCUGAGCAAGUGUUUUAUCAGAAUCAUUAUUUAAUUGUCUACAAGAGUCUUUGUUCGUAACUGAUAUGCAUAAUCAGAGGUAGGAACGUUAAAACAAAUAACGCAUUACUGUUACAGUUACUUUUUGGUAAAAAUAACUCGUUACUGUUAUUAAUUACUUAUUUUAAAAAGUAACGCGUUACUUCCCAAUUUUGUGUCUAAUAUAAACAACCAAUGCAAAUUAAAAAUUGCAUUGAAGAAAAUGUCAAGUGAAAGACUGUUACUAA